CAUAAAUUAUUUAAUUCAUGAUGUAUUGCAAAUGCUACGCUCAAACACUGCAUCCUUAAUGUUGCAUUACUACUCUUUCCUGAAAUUAGGUGAUGUCAUCCUUUCAUCUUUCAACCUUACAGCCUUUUAUCAUCAUUUUUCAUGCUCUUGCAGUUGAACACCAACAUCGCGUGAAUGUCUGAAUUUAUAGAUACGUGUGUAAUGCGACACACUUUUUUUUUCUUUGUUGUGACGUAAACCCCUCAGUGCUGGAGCCUGGAGUGAUGAAGAUGGUUCUCAUCAAAGAAUACCGCAUAGUGUUGCCAGUCUCCGUGCAAGAGUAUCAGGUAGGACAGUUGUACUCUGUGGCUAUGGCCAGCAAGCAUGAGACGGGAGGAGGAGAAGGCAUAGAGAUACUGAAGAAUGAACCCUAUGAGGAGGAUGGAGAGAAGGGACAAUACACACAUAAAGUAUACUAUCUAAAGAGUAAAGUCCCAAGCUAUGUGAAGCUUAUUGCACCAGAGGGAGGAUUAGUCUUUCAUGAAAGGGCUUGGAAUGCCUACCCAUACUGUCGCACAAUUGUGACGAAUGAGUACAUGAAGGACAACUUUAUGAUAAAAAUUGAGACAUGGCACAAACCUGAGAUGGGAACAGUAAACAAUGUACACAAUCUGGAAGAGAACCUGUGGGAUACUGUGCAGGUGGUGCCCAUAGAUAUAGCAAACAAAGGAGAAGUAGCUCCUGGAGACUACAAGCCGGAUGAAGAUCCUGCUCUCUUCCACUCAGUCAAGACGGACAGAGGACCUCUCGGCCCUCAGUGGAAGAAUGAUCUGGCAAAGAGAAACUGUCCUCACAUAUGCUCAUACAAACUGGUCACUGUCAAGUUCAAAUGGUGGGGUCUGCAGACCAAAGUGGAAAAUCUGAUCCAUAGGCAAGCGAAGCGCUUUUUCACCAACUUCCACCGGCAGCUGUUCUGCUGUAUUGACAAAUGGGUGGAUUUGACCAUGGAGGACAUCAGACGGAUGGAAGAGGAGACUUGCAGAGAGCUCGGGGAGAUGCUUCAGACGGGAGAUGUGCGAGGCACCUAUGCAACAGACGAUUAGAGGCCAAUCACUGCUGUUGAGGUGCAGUACUGUUGGCCGAAAAGAACAAACAACAAGAUGGCAUCAGCAAAAGUGAAAGCUGGGAGGAAGACCCACUUUUGGACUCACCAACAGAUGCAAUGUAUGCUUCUAAAGGUGAAAGAAUAAAAUGCAAGACACAGGGUGAGGACAGCGAAGCAGGUUCGGCGUACGGUGGAAACAUGUUAUUUUUAAAAAUUCUAUUGUGGUGUUUUUUUGGCGAGCUCUAGCAACCCUUUUUCCAAAGUCAAAAUCUUAAGCGACUACGUUUUCCCCUGGUUACUUUUGCAGGAACAACAACAAUAAACCCCGUAAGGAGGCAAUGUAGUGCACACAAUGUGGACACACUUUUCCAGAGGCUGGAGGCAGCAGUUCAGGGAGAAGGAGAUCAAAUGUUCUUAGUGUGCUUCCAUAUGAACUGAAGUGUGGUUCUGUACAUUGGACACUUUGCAGUAUUUGUUCCUUUGUCUGUGCUUAUAAACUAUAUACACAUACUUACUGACAUUUGUCUUACUGAGAUUGCACCGUACCUGUAAUUACAUUCUGUCAUUGCUGCAGUAUUUGGUGUUAUUGUACAACAAAUAUAUGGUUUUAUCAUUAUACCCUGAACCUUCCCCUUAAAUUCUGGUUCCCAACAGUGAAUGGAGAAAGAAACGUACACAUUGAUAUAUCAACUAUCUAACAAUGGCGUGGAAAACAACUGUUACAAUCCCAAUUACAUGUACAAAUCUGGGUGCUACAGAGAGCCAUGCUGGAUCGAAUUUGUGAUAUUACGAUUAGCAUGUACAUGAUCCAUCUCACAUCCGUGUCGCCGUUCCUGUUUGUUUUUCUGUGAUGUAAAGGUCAACAAGAAAGUGAUUCACUACGCACUAAUUUAUAGAGAGAU